UCAGAAACCACCUAAACAUCCUUCCUUUUCUUUUCCCCCUUAGCAGAGGAGCAGAAUAUUUCUCGAGCUUAUUUGCAAACUCUCCUUUACAUUUCACAUCCAUUGUUCAGAUACCAGCGAGGCUCGACAGCCCGAACCAGUCAUCAUGAGGCUGCGCACUCGACCCUCCCCUUUGCUCCUCCUCCUCAUCCCAUCCCUCGUCGCUGGUCUCGCCGUCGAAACCAAGGACAAAAAUGGCGGCAAGGCCGUAGCUUCCACAGAAAAAGCCACCGACUCGACCGUCACCUCUGGCAUCAAGACCAGAUACGGCACUGAUCACGCGCCUGUCGAUGGCAAAGAUGGCAUGCCCCACGAGGGUCCCUUCGUUGACCAGACCCGAGAGACCAAGAAAGAGAGUGCCGAAACAGAUGGCAAGAAGGGAUUGCCUCCCUUGAAGGGACGUCCGUCCGACCCAACUGUUGUCGAUGGCAAGAAGAUCCCCGAGACCAACGACGGUGUCAUGAACGACAAGACACGCCAGAAGCCCAAGGAGGGAACCACGGGCACCGAAGGAGGUGUCAGCGAAAAGGAUAAGGCGCGCAAGGCAGCCGAGGGCCGGACUGGCGAAAAGGCCGACAACAAGCCCGAGGCCCCCAAGGAGAAGCCCCCUCUGCCGCACAGUGAACAGGAGAAGCUUUCGAGCGAAAAGGACACCACCACUGGCAAAGAACACGAUCAUGAUCACCACACUGCCGACGAGGUUGCGGGGCUCGAGAAACCGGCCGGCCUCCCUGACAAGCUCGACGACAAGCCCAACCCGCUCCCCAACUCGGCGCACAAGGACCACUUGGAUCUUUCAAAGUCCAAGGGCAAGUCUUCUUCCAGCCUCGACGACGAAGCCGAGGGUGUCAUCCAACCCUUCCACUCCUUCGUCCUGUCUCUCACCAUGAUUCUCGUCUCCGAAGUUGGCGACAAGACCUUCCUCGUGGCUGCCCUCAUGGCCAUGAAGCAUGACCGGAUGGUCGUUUUCUCCGCCGCCUUUGGUGCUCUUUUGGUUAUGACGGUCCUGUCGGCCGUUCUCGGCCACGCUGUCCCGACUUUGAUCCCCAAGCGUGUCACCAGCUUUCUCGCUGCUGGUCUGUUCUUCGUCUUUGGCGCCAAGCUCCUUCGUGAAGGCUUGGGCAUGGACCCUAACGAGGGUGUGACUGCCGAGCUACACGAGGUCGAGCGCGAGCUGGCCGAGAAGGAAAAGGAGGGCAAGAGACGGGGCUCUGCGGUGUCUCCCUACGCGCUGGAGAUGGGCCUUAACGGCAGCAGGAAGUCUAGGUCUAAGAGCCGUUUCCCCUCGCCCCCGCGCUCGCCUUCCUCUUCGCCGCCUCGCAGCCCUUCUCCUGGUUCUGGUGGCAUCAGAGGCUCUCUUAACGGUCUGAACAACCUCCUCGGUCUUCUUCUCAGCCCUGCUUGGGUCCAAACGUUUGUCAUGACUUUCCUGGGCGAAUGGGGCGACCGCAGUCAGAUUGCAACGAUUGCCAUGGCUGCAGGACAGGACUAUUGGUGGGUUAUUCUUGGUGCCAUGGUUGGCCACUGCAUUUGCACAGGUGCUGCCGUCAUUGGCGGCCGUGCCAUCGCAGGCCGUGUCAGUCUCAAAGUUGUCACGGUUGGUGGCGCUGUGGCUUUCCUGGUGUUCGGAUUCAUCUACUUCUUCGAGGCUUUCUAUGCAUGAUCAACGAAGCCAAUGUCUACUACGCUGCUCAUUUCCUAUAACCUUUUUACAUGUAUAGAAUAUGUCUUUCCUCGUGUCUCAUCACCCUUCAGUGAUGUGCAGCAUUACAGCACACUACACGUUCGUUACCUACAAAUUAUUAAUCACAAGUGUGUGGUCUUCCAGACGGUCGAUGACCCUGAUACAGGAUGGGGAUUAAGGGUCUGGAAGACUGCACGCAGCAGACCGUCUCCUACACUGUCUGGCCAUGUAUACGAAAUCAACGGUAAAAGGGGAAGGGAUUCUCCUUGGAAAACUCAGUACGCAAUCCAUGGGUUGCAGCGGAAAGUCGAAAAAAGAAACAGAGCGUGGAGAUGUCAAAUUAUGUACAAUAGGAAGGUCGCUGGCCAUGGGGCAUAGGGUGGGAGUUCAACGGAA